GGAUAUAAACCACCAAUGUCAAGCUUCAGGACACACAGCAGUCAUGUCUCUCACACUCCUACACACUCCUUCCCCUUGCCCAAGUCUUACACACCCAGAGGAUUGGGCGCGCGCGCGAGCGCGCCCCCGCACGCACCCGCGCACACAACAACUGGAGCCUGAAAAUCUGUCAAUUCCUGCCGCGUAGUCACGUGGCCUCCUCCUCAGUGGAGUGGAUGGAGAUGGCUCUCCACGUCAGCUUACGUAUCCCAAUUUGUGCUUAGCGAACCUGCUUCAAAGAGGCGAGAGGCACGGCGCUUCAGAGCCAUGUUCGGGGUGGUUAUAGAGGAAUCAAAGCCCAGCACAGACUUGUAGAAGCGGCCGAGCAACAAUGAUGGAUUUUGACGAGAGGGUCCCCGUCGGAUCGAACAUGUACUUACCCAGUUGCACUUACUACGUGUCGGCGGGGACCGAUUUCUCGGGUCUUCCUUCGUUUUUGUCUCAGACCCCUUCCACCCGCCCAAUGACAUACUCCUAUUCCUCUAACCUGCCGCAGGUCCAGCCCGUCAGGGAGGUGACAUUCAGGGACUAUGCGAGUAUCGAAGCUCCCGGUAAGUGGCCGCACCGGGGGAACUUGUCCCAGUGCUACUCGAGCGCGGAAGACAUGGUGCACCGGGAGUGCCUGUCGGCGCAGACUGCCGUCGUGGGUGACAUGUUUGGUAAAAACAGCCCCUACCACCACCACCACCAUCACCACCAUCACCACCAUGGCGGAGGGAGCGGAGGAGGUGGCGCUGCGGGUGCUGGCUCCGCAGCCGCCGCAGCCGCCGCCAGCUUCUACGGGAGCGUGGGCAGAAACGGCGUGCUCCCGCAAGCCUUCGACCAGUUCUACGAAACCGCGUACGGGAACGCGUCGGAGAGCUCAUCGUCGGUGAACACCGCCUUCUCAGGGGACAAAACGCCUGCAAGUAAGCAGCCGGAGCAGACGCCGUCCUGCCGGGACUCCGAGGCAAAGGAGCAGCGAGAGGAGACAAGCAGUCCGGAGCUAUCUUCCGGCAACAACGAGGAGAAAUCCAGCAGCGGCAGCAGCAGCAGUGGACAGAGGACGCGCAAGAAACGAUGUCCCUAUUCCAAAUAUCAAAUAAGAGAACUCGAACGAGAAUUUUUUUUCAGCGUGUACAUAAACAAAGAGAAGCGGCUGCAACUGUCGCGGAUGCUCAACCUCACCGACCGACAAGUCAAGAUCUGGUUUCAGAACCGGCGCAUGAAGGAGAAGAAGCUGAACAGAGACAGGUUACAGUACUACACGUCCAAUCCUCUGCUUUAGGGGGAUCCAGAAAAAAAAGGAGAAGCACAUUGCUCCGGUUCCCCCUCCCCUCUUGUGGGACUACAUAGGGUUCGUCCACAGACUCACUGACUUCUCCUCAGUGUACUUCGUGUACUAUACCACAGUGGCCGGCGACGGCAGCAAUAACACUGCUAGAUUGUUAAUUUCAAAUGUUCGAUGACACGCAGAGUACGCUGAUAUGAAGUAAGCGUUCAUGAGCCGUGGUUUUGCGCAUCAAACUGAUUUUGAAAAGAAAGGAAGAAAAAAAAAUAGAAACUGUUUUUAUUUUUCUUCUGUGUGCGCGGAAAGGGCAAUGUUAUUAGAACCUGUUUGUUCUUAUUUGUCCAGGGGCGAAGGGGGUGAAGCAGUCAUUAAUUGACUGCUUAAGUGUAUUUUGUAAUCAAAAAAAAUUUAUAUUUUAUUUCAUUUUUUUGUUUUGUUUUAUUUUUUUGUCUGUUGUUUAAGUCCGAAAUGUGCUGGAUUUAAGCUUAAGGCGAAGAGGUUGACCUAUUUAGGGAGACUGGUGGAGCCUACAUUGGUGUGACCAAAUAGUGAGUCCGUAUACGGACGUGAAUGAUGGUGUUUCUGUUCAUGUGUGUGCUUAUUUAUUUUGUAUGGCCACUCGUUUGCUCUGUCUCUUUUUAUGCCACGGCUGUCCGAGUCCCAAUCCACGGGCAAGCUGCUGAGAUUCCGCCUCAAACCAGCUUUUCUUAUCUCUGACGGUCGCCUGUGGAACAAAAGAGGGCUAAUUAUUUAUAUAAUGCGUAUCUUUCAAACGCGUAAAGCCAUGCUGAUGAUCAUAUGCAGGCCAAAACCAGACAGAUAAGCUUUUGUCCGCUUGGAUCCGGAGCAUUGAGGUGUUCACGCAGGUGUAGCUUAGAGCUUAUCCCUCCAAUCUUUGGACUUCUAUGCAUCCUUUUUAUGAGGUUUAUCAGACCUUUUUUUAUUUUUUUACUAAAUCCAGAAAAUGUGUUGAACAUUUGACCGUAGAUCCCGUCCAAAUUUUCUUUUUUACACAAAGACAUUAAAUGUCAAAUUUGAUUAGCCAAUUAGAACACCUUUUCAACCAAACAGAAACACCACAAUACAUUUGGUGGAGCGUUCAAACGUUUUAAAAAAGAUUGUCAAGCUUUCUACCUAUAUGGUUAUUUAAGUCUUCAUCUUUAUUUAACAAAGAUAAAUACUACAAAUUGGGGAGGGGGUGGGGGGUAAUUAGCCCAUGGGUCGUGUCAAAAUUUUCCCUGUAUAAAGAGAUUGAAUGUCAUAAAUGGUUUGCUCGUUAUACCCACAUUUAGACAUCAACAGACGCACAGACGUCUUUCCGUCUUUGACUUUUUAAACCAUAUUUUUUGUUGUUGUUUAGUCCGAACGCAAGUCGAGAAGAGUUUGCGAGGGGACAUUCUGCUGCAGGAAAGUAACAACCUCAUUGUCACUUUUUAUAUAAUACGUUUGAUUGUGUUUUCAAAUAAUAAUAAUAAAAAACAAAACAAAACAGCCUGCGCAGCUUUUUUCACCUUUUACCAAACAUGGCUAUUCGUCCUUGUCUUUCUUUUGUCCAGCGAAAGAUACGGAAAUGUGACUUAAAAGAAAAAAAAAAAAAAGAAAAAAAAAACUUCACAGCUUCCAUCUAAAUUAAGCCUAAAGACAGACAUUAAUUGUCACAGUUGGUUAGAACCACACUUAAACCACAUUUAUACUCCAAUAAACGUCUUUAAUAAAACGCAUUUUCACAUUUCUAAAUUAUAAUUGCAUUUGUUUUACUUGCAGUCAGAAUGCGGUCUUAUCCUCCUCCACCCCACCCCACCCCCUCUGUCUUUAAUAGAUCAUUUCUUUUAUUGAAGAGAUUCUGCUGCAAAAACGUCUUGACGCCAUUCUCACUUUGAGGCUUUCCACAUUACUUUUCCUUUCAAAGUCAUUUUUAAAAUCACCUUUCGUGCAGCUCAAAUCCACCUUUCACCAAAUUCCCUUUUUAGCAUCCAGAGAAAUAUGUCAGAAAUGUGACACUCGGCUUAUCUCGUCUAUAUUUAGCCUAAACAAAGACAUUGAACGCCAGGCUCGAUGAGCCUAUUUGAUCCAAGCAGAUUUGUAUCUACAUUUAGACACCAGGAGACAUCUUUAUGUUGAUGCGCUCACAUUUUACGUUGCACUGACGGAAGGCAAAGGCACGUUCUCUGGAAUUUUGCAGGAGAGGGAGUUUGGUGGUGCUUGUUGGUUUUAUGUGCACACAUGCUCACGAAGGAAUCGUGACAAGAACCGUUUUUCGCGCGCGCAUUAAUUGCAGCGUCAGCCAGGGUCAUCGCAGUGAAUUAGUGGCUUUGAUAUGAGCCAAGAAUAUUUUUUAAUAUGCCACAUUUACAAAUAACUUCAACAAUAGUUUGGUCAUGUUUAAAAUGCGUUCGGUCUCAGUAGCUGUUUUCUUUUUCUUUUUUUUUCAAAAGUUUUGUCUGGUAAAUGUAUCCUAAAUAAACACAUUGAAAGUUGGGCUCGGUUGGCCCAUUUAAAUCGCCUCUCCAACACGAUAUACAUACAUGUGGAUAUAAAUAGGUCUUGAUUUAGGCGUCUUUUCAACGAUUUUCUCGGGCUAGACAGAGUGCUGCUUUGUCUUUUCUUUGUCUAAUUAACAUAUCUUUGCACAGGGGAUUUGGUCUGCUGUUGGCAACAUGUUUGUUUCCAAGAAUCGUGAUCCUCGCGCUUUCAUAAAAGUGUUCAAUUGCUUGGAUCAACUGCUUUGGAAUGCCCAAAUUGUGCAUUGUAUUACAUUUCUUUAAAAAAAGGGGGAAAAAACGAAAAAAACAAAAAAAACCCCAAAACAAUAAAACCAAAAUGAAACGUUGACUGAAAAUAGCUUUAAAUCCUGUUUGCUUAAUGCCCACAUGCUAUUUUUCUUUGUUUAAAGCUGGAUCCUGUCUCGAUGGAUCACAUGCGCGCAUGUGAAACCUUUUACGCACACAAGAUAAGCAUAGUAAACGCACACUCGCAGAAAAAAAAGAAAAAGAAAAGACGGCAAUCAGGUGUCUGUGCGUGCAACAAACAAUUGAAGGGAGUCACAUGUUAAAGAUUAUGUCUCUCAAAUGCAAGUUGGAAGCAGACCAAACACACAAAGACACACAUACGCCCUGG